AUGGAGGCUUGGAAUAGAAUGCGUGACAUAUUCCAAGAUAACAAACACUCUCGUGCCGUCCCCCUUGAGUACGAUUUCACUCAUGUGAACAUGGAAGAUUUUCCAAGUGUCUCUGCCUAUUGUCAGCACCUUAAAUCUUUGUCGGACCAACUCAAGAAUGUCGGCUCUCCCGUCGACAACAAUAUACUAGUUCUUCAACUAGUCUCUGGCCUCACCAAACCCUACAAAGGUGUGGCCACUCUCAUUCGCCAACGUGAUCCUUUACCCCAAUUUUAUCCAGCCCAUUCGAUGCUCACUCUUGAAGAGGCCGGCCUUGCUAAGAAGGCGACACAUAGCUCCUUAUCAGCUAUGGUUACUUGUGAGUCGACUGGCUUGCAUGAUAUUGUUAAUCAUUCAUCUUCACACCGCAAUACUAAUGGUGGAAAGAGGAACCAAUACCGCAAUAAUAAUCGCAGCAAUAAUGGUCGUCAUGGAGGCAGCAAGGGUGGUAGCGACGGUGGGGGUAAGGCUGGAGGUGGUGGUCAGAUGGGAGGCGGCAACAAUUGCGGUGGCGGAUAA